AUGAUUCUCACCAAUGUCGAUGGCGGCUUCAGCGGCGCCGGGUUCAACGAUAACUUCGGGAACUUGUGGAUUCGCCAGGAGUGGGAUCUGCACAAGCCUAUGCAUCCGGCCGAGAUCUACAGGCGCACGUCAACCGUCGAGGACAUAUAUGAAUGGCGUGACCGCACGGUCGUAAAGCAGGUGGUCCACCUCUGGUCGGCGGAUGAUGAGUUGAUGGCGCGAGGAACACACCAUCAGAGCUACCUUCUUGGCAAGAGCCACCUCGGCACGGUCAAGUUGCGCGAUCCCAAGAAGAAAGAAGGAAUCCGCAAGUUCAAUGUUCCGGAGGGCGAGGCGAUUGGCCCGGUCGAGAGCGACAUCACGAUAGAGAUGUGCGGCUCCUUCUUCCACGGCAACAAGAACUACCAUACCGACAAGCAGGCGGCCGAGGAGCUGGGCUUCGAGGAGGUUGUGGUUGGCGGAAGAAUGACGAUGUCUUAUAUUGGCGACAUGAUGGAUCGACGAUUUGGCAAGGGCUGGUACGAGGGUGGUAAGCUCGACAUCAAGUUCACCAACAUCGUCUGGCCAGACGACCACGUUAUCGCCCGCGGAGUCAUCACCGACCGCGUGCAGGAAAACGGCGGCACCCGCGCAAAUGUAGCGGUCUGGAUGGAGAAGCCUGACGGCACCGUAUGCAUCGUGGGCACCGCGAGCGCAUUGGAAUAG